AUGGGUGGCACCCGCUUCAUCGGCUGCUACCUUGUUGCCAAACUCCGGGAGCAGGGCCACGAUGUCGUGCUUUGCAACCGCGGCAAGACGAAUGGCGGCAAGCCAGAACGCCUUCCAGGCGUUAGCGACAUGGAUUACCAAAAGAUGCUGGAAGGUGUGUCGGUCCUCGUUGCCGAUCGGAAAGUGCCGGACCAACUCAAAGCGGCUGUGACUGGAGCAGGCAAGUUCGACCUCGUCUUUGACAACAACGUCCGGAAGCUCGCCGAAGUACAGCCACUCGUGGAGGCCGUGCAGGCCAGCGGCGGCUGCGAACAGUUCUUCCUCAUGAGCUCCGCUGGUGUUUACGGCCCAACGGACGUCCUCCCGCUUAGCGAGCAGAAUCCAGGCGACCCCAACUCUCGCCACAAGGAGAAGCUGCAGUGCGAGAAUUACCUGGACGCCCAGGGCUUGAACUGGACUUCCAUCCGGCCUGUGUACAUCUACGGGCCCUUGAAUUACAACCCUGUCGAGCGAUACUUCUUCGAUCGCGUCACGCGGGGGCGGCCGGUUUGCGUGCCCUAUGAUGGAAAGUACAUCACGCAGCUGGGUCACUGCGAAGACCUUGCCGACUUCAUGAUCAAGUGCAUUGGCAAUCCAGCUGUGCGAGGGCAGGUCUACAACGUCUCCAGUGAGGAGUACGUGACUUUCGACGGCAUGGCAAAGCUGUGCGCAGAGGCUGCCGGCGUGGCGGAGCCGAAAAUCGUCCACUACGAUCCCAAGUCGGUAGAAGUGCCAGAAGGAUUUCCCAAGGCAUUCCCCUUCCGUGGGAUGCAUUUCUUCGCGUCCAUCGAGAAGGCCAAGCAGGAUGUGCCCGACUGGACGCCGAAGUUCAACAUGCUCGAGGGCCUUAGGAGUAGCUUUCAGCAAGACUAUCUGGCACGCGGCUUCGACAAGCAACAACCAGAUUUCCGAACAGAUGAGCUGAUUCUCUCCAAAGCCAUGUCGGCAGCGUAG